AUGAGACAAGUACUUGCAAUGAAGAGACAGUGGGAUUGCUUACCUCUGAUGCUUCUGCUGCUGCUGUUGUCGUCGUCUUUGGUCGAGAGCUUCACUACGAGAACAUGCCGCGCAGCCACUGCUCCACAACCGCCAUCAAACCAUGUGCUCUUUUCUUCUUCCUUUUCUCCCCCGGAUGAUCUCGCCUUGAUGGACUUUUCCUCUCGCUACUUUUGGGAAGCAUUCUACAAGGAACAACUCAAAACAAUGUCAGAAGAAGAAAAAGAAAAAGAAUCUACACAAUUGGAAUAUUACCAGUCUCUGACGGUCCCGGAACUGAAAACACUCGUCCAAGACCAGUCUAGCAAAGUCUUAUCCAAACUGACGCAAAAACAAGAUCUUAUUGAUUAUCUUCUGAUACAACAGCAACCCGCAAAAGACAAACCCUUUGUGUUUGAAUGGCACGAUUCCAUUCCACUCGACGAAUUGGCACUCCUGAUACCGUCCAACUCCCGUUGCUUAAUGGUCGGAUGUGGAAAUUCCAAUCUACCCAGAAUUGUACUGGAUCGAAACGACAAUAUUCACGUGACACUCUUGGACAAUUCACCCAUAUGUAUUGAACAAUUGAAAGCGCAAUAUCGACAAUCAGAUCAUGUAGCUUGUGUGUGUGCCUCGGCGACUGACAUGUCGUCCUCACAGUCUUUAGUGGACUCGUCGUUUGAUAGCAUUGUCGACAAGGGAUUGACGGAUGCGUUCAUGUGCGGGGAAGGAUGGGAAACCUCCGUCCAAGCCCUGUUGCGAGAAUCCAGCCAGAUUGUAAAGACGCCUGCCACCUACCUCUUGGUGAGCUACAAAAUGACUCCAGCCGUCCAAACGAUAUUUCAAAACCUAUCCGACCAAGUCAGUGGAGAUGCCAUGCAGCAGUGGGAAUGGGACUUUGAUAUCCAGUCCUUGUCAAAUCAUCGUGUCAGCGUGUCCCUGGCAACCAUUCGAUCCACCACGCAGUAG